AAUGAGCAAAAUAUUUUGGUGCUCAAUUUCCAUUAUCAGCUAUGAAUAGGCCUUUUGAAAAUCAGCAAACGUUGUUCAGCUCAACUGUAUUUUUAACUGAGAAGGAAUGUAAACAUCAACAAAUGCCCGCAUUUGAAAGGAAUUUUCCAUCUCCUUUAAAUUAUAGUUUGUGAAAUAAUGAAUUCUGUAAACGAUUCUGUUCAAGAUCGGUCUCUGCGAUCUAUACUAAUUGGAAAUGUACCGUCUGAUGUCAGUGAAGAUAUAGUAAAGGAGUUAUUAACUGAAUAUGGCGUCAUUUUGAACUUUAGAUGGUUUCGAGAUAUACCUCCUGGAUAUGCGUUUUGUGAAUAUGGAGAACCUGAAAUGGCUAUACAGGCAGUUCAGAAUUUGAAUGAUUUUGAAUUCAAAGGGAGAGUUUUGAAGGCUGAUAUUGCUGCAAGUGAGAAGAGUAAAGAGCAAUUAGCCCGUUUGCAAGAAUUUAGCAAUGGAGUUCAUAGUGAUAUUUUGCAAGCUGCUGAUUCUUCUGAAAAAGCACCUGAAGAAAUUUCUAAAGCAGUUGCCAGUCUUCCAGCUGAACAGAUGUUUGAACUAAUGAAGCAAAUGAAAAUGUGCAUUGAAAAUAAUCCCCAAGAAGCUCGAAAUUUACUACUUCAAAACCCACAACUUGCUUAUGCGCUGUUACAAGCUCAAGUAAUCAUGCGUAUUGUUGAUCCAGAAGUUGCUGUGAAAAUUCUCAAUCGUCCUACUAUUCCAUUAGCAAGUGUAGAACCAGAAGUUGAAAGCAUGGAGACUGUCGAACAGACUUUACCACCAGUUAAUAAUCCCAUAGAAAUAUCCACUGCUGGUGACCAAGAUUUACGACAGCUUCCUCCAUUGGACAGUGACAUGAGAACUUUAAGUCUAGGUGCUACUGAUAAAGAUAUGAGGCAAAUGACUGGUGAUACUGAUUGGAGAACUUUAGGUGCUCCCUUAGGCUUACCAGACCCGAGGUUUCGCACAGUUAAUCCCAGAGUUUCUCAAUCCUGUGAUCCUAGAGGAAUUCAAGGACCUGAUCCAAGACACGUACAAGGUCCUCUUGACCCUAGGAGUGUAAUGAUGCAAGGACCUGAUCCAAGAUUAAUACAAAACUCAGACCCUAGAAUGCUGCAGGGUACUGAUCCACGGUCAGUACAUAGUGAUCCUAGAUCAGUACCUGCAGGUGAUCCAAGAGUGAUGCAAGGAGGUGAUUCUAGGGUGAUGUCAGUAGAUCCUAGAGUACCAGUUGCAGAUCCACGAAGUGUUGAUCCUAGAGUAGCAUCCAAUCUAAGAGGAAUGCCUAGUGCUGAUCCAAGAGCAAUGCGUGGAGCAGAUUCCAGGACUGCACCUGUCUCAGAUUCUAGAAUUAUUACAGGUCCUGGAUUUGGACCCAGACCUGGUAUAAAUGAUCCUAGAAAUGUUCCCGUUGCAUCUCGUGUUGAGGAUCCCAGAAAAUUUCCCACUUCAGGUGUUCCAGUAUCUGCCCAGAUGUCUGCAAAUACUAGGACACCUACUGUCAGCUCAGCACCUACUGGACUUAUUCCAACCCCUCGGUUACCUGUUCCACCUGCAGCUGCAACUACUUCUAAAGUUCCAGAAGAUCAAGAAAAAGCUGCAUUAAUUAUGCAAGUAUUACAAUUGUCUGAUGAACAAAUUGCUAUGUUGCCUCCAGAACAAAGACAAAGUAUCAUUGUACUCAAAGAACAGCUUGCUCGAAGUCAGCUAGCAUUGUAAUAUUUGUCAUACAUUAUCCUAAUGGAAAAGUUUACAAAAUAUUACUAACAAAACAUUUUUAUUGUGACAAGGAUUCAACUUUUUCUUUCAGACAUUAUUCAUUGAAUAGGUUUUUAUAGUAAUUAUUUAUUUUUUUAUCCCUAUGAAAUAUUUAGAGUAUAAAAUUAGUCUAUUUGCUAUGUGAACCGUAGCAAUUAUUCAAAUUUGUUCAGAUUCUAUUCUUUUGGUUUCUGAACUUUUAACUGUCACACUCAAAAAUAAAAGUUUUGAUACCAAAAGAAAUGAUAUCAUAUACAUAGAUUGUCCCAAAACAAAGACAAAGUAUAUUUUUAUGUAAUAAAGUCUUGUAAUCUGAUUAAGAUGCAUGCAUAUGAUUCGGCUUAUUAACUAACAAUACACAUAAAUGAUAUAAAGAUGACAAGCUUUUGAAAAAAGUGUAGAAACUUAACUAAAUAAAUUUAUUUUCUGUAUAAAUUUGCAACAUUGUUUCUUUAUUGCUAUUCAAUAUCAUUACUUAUGCUUUUUCUCAAAUUACUGGUUUAAACUUGAGAAAUACAGUUAACCAUGCUUACUAAAAGACAAAAAGGUUUCUUAAAUUCAUUUGAAAGUAUGCUUUUGAAGAAAUAUCUGGAUGUGAGCAUAUUUUGGAAAUUGAUACAAAUUUUUUUUUUAAAUAACUGGAGUCAUUGGAAAUUUGGAAUUUUAUUACAUAGAAUUUUAAAAGAAAAAAAAAAGUGUAGUGUAAAAAGCAAUAUAUGUUAUAUGCUGAUCUUAGAAUAGUGAAUGAAAUGCAUUUUGUGCAUUUCUUGUUUGCACAAGUUGAUGUAAAUGCUUACAUUGUUGUUAAUUCACUUAGUGAUAUUGUUCAGAAAUUGAAGCAAUUUUUC